AUGUUGGAGAGUCUGAAAUUACCUAAAUCGGACAAGCGUCGCCAACAGAGCCGAAACAGCCGACUGCCGAUCAACAUCGCGGCCGGCACAGGAUGUGCUCUGAGUCUACCGCAGUCGGCCUUGAAGAUUCUUGGCGACCUGUCGAUGCCGAUACUGGGCAACGGCAGUUCGGAUAAUGUCUCUGCCAAGGUCGUGCGCCGAUGCACUGCCAACGAUUCUCCAGUCUCCCAAUUUGCAGGACUGGCGACGACGGCGGCAGCGAGCAGCGGACACUACAGACUACAAAAGUAG